CCUGCGGCACUCUCCACCCGAGCGCCGCCGCGAGCAAACACCCACCGCUUACCUAUAUAUACACUCCCGCCCCAUGCCGCCAUUUAUCCCCUUCUCACCAGUCAUCAGGCAUACUCCACAGCUCUCUCUCAAGGUAGCAACCUACCUACGCGCCACUUACUCACGGUUCACCGGGCAUCUCCACUAGCUAUCGGCCGAUGGACGCCGCCUCCUCGUCGGACCAAGAGCAGGGGCCGCAGACGCACAGGACGGUGUGGUCGGAGCCGCCGAAGCGCCCCGCGGGGCGGACAAAGUUCAAGGAAACGCGCCACCCGGUGUACCGCGGCGUGCGGCGCCGCGGCCGGGCGGGCCGUUGGGUGUGCGAGGUGCGCGUGCUAGGGACGAGGAGCUCCAGGCUCUGGCUCGGCACCUUCACCACCGCCGAGAUGGCCGCGCGCGCCCACGACGCAGCCGCGCUCGCGCUCUCCGGCCAUGACGCCUGCCUCAACUUCGCCGACUCAUCCUGGCGCAUGCUCCCCGUCCUCGCGGCCGGCUCGUUCGGCUUCGGCAGCGCGCGGGAGAUCAAGGACGCCGUCGCUCUCGCCGUCUUGGCUUUCCAGCGGAGGCAGCAGCAGCCGGCCGCGUCCCUCGUGCCGUCUUCUUUGCCGGUGCAGGCGGCCGACGACGAGAAGGACUUUCAUGGCUCGCCGGCUCCGAGCACGCUGUCCAUGUCGUCAAGCGACCUGCUGGACGAGCACUGGUUUGGUGGCACCGACGCCGGCGGGUCGUGCUACGAUCACUUGACGCAGGGCAUGCUCGUGGAGCCGCCGACCUCCAGGACGUCGCAGGAGGACGGCCUCCAGACGCCGCUCUGGAGCCACUUGUUCGAAUAAUUAAUAAGCAGUGUAAAUUUUCUGUUGUUUUUGGUUAGUUCCGUUCUAGCAAAUAUGGGACGAAACGGGGCAGGCAUCUUGGCUAUUUUUUCACGAGGUAAUUGCACUAGAUAUACUGUACAAAAAGUUAUCAUUCGGAUUCAGAUUCAUAUUAGUUCUUGCAACUUAUGAUGCAACGGUACAAAUAGUUA